AUGGCAGCCGCGAGCCGGACACGGAGCGCCCUGCGCCUCGACGCCGUCCCCAGGCUGCUGCCGGUGCUCGCCGCCUCCCGCCGCGGCAACUCCAACCGCGCCUCCGUCUCCCACCUCCACAGGCAGCUCUACGGCCGCCUCUACCCCGUCCUCCUGGUCAAGACCGACGGCUCCACCGUCCGCCUCCGCUACCAGGAGCCGAAGAGGAUCCUCAUGUUGCCCCUGGACAGCAGCACGCUGCCCGAGGCGGAGCGCAAGGCCCGGCUGCGGAGGCAGUUCCCCAGCAGGCCGAAGGCCGAGCCGGAGGAGGCCUUCGAGGGCAUCGACCUGGGCACCUACAAGCGGUUCUGGAAGAAGUGA